AUGUCUGUCACAAAAGAUAAAGCUAAAGAGCAAUUUAAAAAAUAUGAAGGCAUACAUAAACCUAUGGAUGAACAAACAAAUACUCUUGCCGCAUUAGUACUAACUACACCCGAGAAGCAGAGUACAGCUCCAAAGUCCGUUCAGGCAUCAGGAACAGCAUUACAACAAGUUGAAGAUGACUCAGAUGAUGUCAUCUACACCAAUCAUUUUCCAUGCUCAUUUUCUCUUGAUCUUACUUUUUAUCAUCGUGAAAAACGCCGUCAGUUUGUUUCUGAUAUUCUUUUCGCCAAAACAAUUCAUCCAACAGCUGUCUGUUGGUACGAUGAAGGAAGUUGCAUGUACAGUACAACAAAUUUCAAGGACAAAUUACCAAUUAUAUAUGAGAAAGAAGAACAAGGAUAUCAACGUCGUUUAACAAUCAACGGUCCGACAACGACAAGUGGUACAAACUAUUUAGAUCAAUCUUCGAUUCGAAUUAUUGAAACACUGAUCAAACAAGUGCUAAAAGAACAAUUCAAAGCUGUUGGUUCAGUCUUCUACCGAUGGGAUGAAGAAGUAGAUCAAGACGGUCCCUAUAAUCUUCUUACAGGAUUCAAACUGGCUAUGUGUCUCACAGAAUCAGGUCCGACCUUGAAUGUGGAUACCACGAUUACACGAUUCUAUCCCCACUUAGAUCUUCUAGCAUUUAUUUUGGAAAGAUUGUUGAAAAACGAAUCUUCUUUUCGUGGAUCACUCUUAGAUCGACAUUAUGAUCAAAUUGGUAAUCGCUUGAAAGAUGUUGAAGUCACAACAGCUCAAUCAAAUUAUGAAAAAAUAUAUAUUCUCACAGGAUAUUUUUCGGAUCAGCUUCCUGAAAAAACUCCAAUUAAAGAACAAGGCAAUCUCUUAAAUUACUACAAGCAUCUCGGAUUCGAGCUUCGUUAUCCACAGUUAUACUGCGUGAAAGCCUAUCCAUUGGGCAAUCCACAAAAUUUAGUUGAUUUGCCGAUUGAAUUUUGCUGUCUUCGAGAGUGGCAACAGGUGAAGGAAGAUGAAAAUACAAAACCUGUUCCAGCACCAACAGUCGAUAAACGAUAUCAUUCAAUUUUGACAGCUAUUAGAUAUUGCAAUUUCCAUGAUGAUGAAUUAUGUAAAGAAAUUCAACUUGAAGUUAAUUGUCAGACGAUGAUGGGAAUUCCUUAUGAAACUCUAAGCAAACGUCAAAUUAUUCUCGGUCGACAAGGUGCUUUUACUAAUCCAGUCUCGAUUGAUAACAUGGCAUUUAUAUAUCUGGCAGAAUGUCAAGAACCAAAUGCGAGACAAAUACAGGAAAAGCUAUUGAACAACUUCUAUGAUGCUGCAAAGCGACAAAGAAUGACAUUACCUGAGUAUCCUAACGAAUAUGAAAUUAUUGCUGACAGAAAUCUAGAAGACGAAGUUCGAAGUGUUUUAUCUAAGCUAAAACACAAGCAGUGUCAAUUCAUUCUAUGUCUUGAAAAUUGUCGAAAUUCAAAAAUACAUGAACUCUUCAAACAAAUUGCAUGCAACGAAUUUGGUCUUGUUACUCAAUGUGCUAACUUUACAAAAGUUCACCGAAUAUCAAAUUUAAAAACUUAUUGUAGUAACCUUUUAAAAUCAGUGAAUACUAAACUAAGCGGAGAAAAUAAACAAGUAGCUCAGUUACAAACGUCUAUCAAAACAAUGUUUAUCGGUGCUGACGUCCAACACACGAAGAAUAAUUAUUCUGGCGAACUACCAUCGAUUGCAGCUGUUGUUGCAAGUAUGAAUUCUGAGUGUACAUUAACAAAUCAACGUGUCUCUCGUCAAUGGCCAAGUAAAGGAAAACAAUCAGAAGAAGCAAUUUUGUUAUUGAAAGAAAUGGUCGAAGAACUGUUAAUCGCAUUCAAAAAUAGUAACGAAGGUUCAUUGCCCGAACAUAUCGUUUUCUAUCGCGACGGUGUUGAUGAUGGACAAUUUGAACGUGUACAAGAUGACGAGGUGGCCGCUUUGAGGAAAGCCUUUCAAGGUAAGAAGCAAUUCUUUUUUUCUAGCUAA